AUGAAUACACCUUUCGAAAUUAAGUUACCAGUCAUUUCAGCGAGUUUAUAUGGUCAAGGGCGUGUGCUUUUAUUUUCACAGAUCAAUUUAGUAUCAAAUAAAGCACUUCGAUAUGAAGAUACUUUUAAAUUAUUAUCUAACGCAACAAAAUGGAUCACAAAUGGCUCAGUAGCCAUGACACCCUUUUAUGCAUUGCAAUUCGAUAAAAAUGGCUCAAAAAUAGUGACAGAAGCAUUCAAAGAACUCGGAUUUUUUACAGAUUCGGGUGGAUUUCUCACAAGUUACAAGAAUUUCAAAGCUCUUCUUAUUCCAAGUACCAUAGAAUUUAACGAUCAAUCAGAAUUCGACAAUGUACUUAAUUUUGUAAACGAAGGAGGCGGAUUAAUAAUAUUUUAUGUUAAUAAUGACCUAAAUUCACUUACAUCGUCAAUAAAUCAGCUUCUUUAUAAAUUUAAUCUCGCAUUUACUUACGGAAUCAUGAAUGACGAAGAAGAUUUCAUGGAUUCGAUUUUUGUCUACAAUGUCUUCACUUAUGUUCGCGAAUGCAAUCUCCUUUCACAGAUAGCGACCUACAAACUCACAAUCGAGAACGACAACCCAGAUCCUGUGGCUUUAGACGAAAUUAUAACAAAUUUACGUUAUUUCAUCAUGGUUUGCGACAACAACUUCAAGGAUGAGCUUAUAGAUUUAUUGAACACAUCCUGGGAAUUCCUGAAGCGAACUGGCUACAACGAAAACGGAUUAAUUUGUACGAAGCCUUGCCAUCCAUUAAUUGCCAUUCUUUUGACAGAUUUAUACACUAAAGUACCUCCUGAGAACGUUGUCGCUAUUCCGGAGUACAAGGAUUUCCCAGGAGCGACAGGAAACGUUGAAUUAUCUAAUUUCGAAGAACAUUUGGAACUAGGACCAGAAAUGUGGGUUAGUACGGGCUUGUAUCUACCUGCAGGCGUGAUCGGAGAGAUAGAAAUCUCAGAACCAAUGCCAGAUGUACAUAUUCAUAUCGGAUGCCACCACGAAUCGUUAGUUCCGAAAUCUCCGCCGUGGAAACGAUGGCCGUUAACAGUUUGUGUCUUCCCGUUAACAGAAAAGGUCACAAAAGUUGUUUCGCCGUUCGGAGGAAUAGUUUACGUCGCCAUGAACAUAGAAACGGACGAACCCGUCAGAAUAACCGUAAAAUUUUCCAAUUUCUGUAGACAUCCGGUCGCUCAGUUCGAUGACUCUUCUGUUUGGGAAAUGACGAAAAAUUUCGAAGUUCCGUGUGGCGAAAUCGUCGCAGAGAACUUGAUAAUAACUCUCUCUUCCCAGAAAAUGCGAGAAAUUGGCAAUUUCUCCAAAAUUUUCGAUAUUUUCAACAAAAUUAUUUCAAGAUUGUCCGAAAACUUAAGUUAUCCGAUCACUAGGCCCUACAGAUUCGUCUUUGAUAUAGAACUACCAGAUGACGAGCCUAGUUAUGGAUAUCCUUUAGUUUUUCUCGAAGAUGAUAUCGAUUUAAUCAUAAAUCACUUCGAUGUCCCUUCUAUGAAGCUGUUCAACGCUGUUUCAUUGCUAGGAAUCGUUUCUAUACGCGAGGAUUGCUUCGAUAAAACGAUGGAGACCGCAAUUUCUAAUGUUAUUGCUUCAACGGUUUUUAAGACCAUAUGGAAGGACUUUGACCCAUAUAAACUCGAUGGAUUCAAUCCUCCGCAGCUUUUCAAGGAACUUUGGGAUAUAAAUUUGUAUUCAAGUCCAAAUGUUAUCAAAAACACUUUGAAAGAGUUCCAGAACCCAGAAUUUAUUGCUCCUGAAGUUCCUGAUGAUAUGUGGAUUAUUUUUGUCCGAGAAAUGUGUAAAAUUGCCAAAAUUAAUUACACAACAAUGCUGCAACAGAUCAGACCUAUUCCACUUAACAUGUGUACAUCUGUGCAAUGUUUUCCUGACUUCCAAAUUCCAAAAUCUCCAAAUUAUUUUUUUAAUUUUUUGUAUGUAAUGUAUUUAUUUUAUAAUUUUGAUUUUCACAAGGAUCAAAGAUGUAUUAUAUCAUUUUUGAUUCUUGCUUUUUAUUACCAUGUAAAAUUUUAA